GGAGGAGGAGAGGGAGCCCAACGACCAUUUAAAGCGAUAGCAAUCCCUGCCCUCUCCCCAGUGCUUGGCUGUUGGAGAGCGCGAGCCGCAAGCAGGGGAGCGCAACCUCGGUGCGCGGGCCAGCAGAGCCACAGCGCCAGGUACCCAAGGCUGGCUGGAGCCCUGGGACCCCCCCACCCUCUCCCGCUGCACCUCCUUCGGCUCCUCCACCCUCUGUGCCUACAGAAGUCCCCGGGCUUCCCCCAAAGGAGCUCACCUCGAGAAGCCCCGACCAGGGAGAGCCCACCAGCAUUCCCUCAAGCGCCUCCGCCGCCACCGCAGCAGCAUCCGGAGGAGCGGCAUGGUCCAGCUGGGGAAGCUGCUCCGCGUCCUGACUUUGAUGAAGUUCCCCUGCUGCGUGCUGGAGGUGCUCCUGUGCGUGCUGGCGGCGGCGGUGCGCGGUCAGGAGAUGUACGCCCCGCACUCGAUCCGGAUCGAGGGGGACGUCACCCUUGGGGGGCUGUUCCCAGUGCACGCCAAGGGUCCCAGCGGAGUGCCCUGCGGUGACAUCAAGAGGGAGAACGGGAUCCACAGGCUGGAAGCUAUGCUAUAUGCCCUAGAUCAAAUCAACAGCGAUCCCAACCUGCUGCCCAACGUAACGUUAGGCGCGCGGAUCCUGGACACUUGUUCCAGGGACACUUAUGCGCUCGAACAGUCACUCACUUUCGUCCAGGCGCUCAUCCAGAAGGACACCUCCGACGUGCGCUGCACCAAUGGCGAGCCCCCGGUUUUCGUCAAGCCAGAGAAAGUAGUUGGAGUGAUUGGGGCUUCGGGGAGCUCCGUCUCCAUCAUGGUAGCCAACAUCUUGAGGCUUUUCCAGAUACCUCAGAUUAGUUAUGCGUCCACAGCUCCUGAGCUCAGUGAUGAUCGGCGCUAUGACUUCUUCUCUCGAGUGGUUCCACCUGAUUCCUUUCAAGCUCAGGCCAUGGUAGACAUUGUAAAGGCCUUGGGCUGGAAUUAUGUGUCUACUCUUGCAUCUGAAGGAAGCUAUGGAGAGAAAGGUGUGGAAUCCUUCACACAGAUUUCCAAAGAGGCAGGUGGGCUCUGCAUUGCCCAGUCCGUGAGAAUCCCCCAAGAGCGCAAAGACAGGACCAUUGACUUUGAUAGAAUUAUCAAACAGCUCUUGGACACCCCCAACUCCAGGGCCGUCGUGAUUUUUGCCAACGAUGAGGAUAUAAAGCAGAUCCUAGCAGCAGCCAAAAGAGCUGACCAAGUGGGCCAUUUUCUCUGGGUGGGGUCAGACAGCUGGGGAUCCAAAAUCAACCCACUUCAUCAGCAUGAAGAUAUUGCAGAAGGAGCCAUCACCAUCCAGCCUAAGAGAGCAACCGUGGAAGGGUUUGAUGCUUACUUCACAUCCCGCACACUUGAGAACAACAGGAGAAAUGUAUGGUUUGCUGAAUACUGGGAAGAAAACUUCAACUGCAAGUUGACAAUUAGUGGGUCCAAAAAAGAAGACACGGAUCGCAAAUGCACAGGACAGGAGCGAAUUGGAAAAGACUCCAAUUAUGAGCAGGAGGGUAAAGUUCAGUUUGUGAUUGAUGCUGUCUAUGCCAUGGCACAUGCCCUUCAUCACAUGAAUAAGGAUCUGUGUGCUGAUUAUCGUGGAGUAUGCCCAGAGAUGGAGCAAGCAGGGGGAAAGAAGUUGUUGAAGUAUAUCCGCAAUGUUAAUUUCAAUGGUAGUGCUGGUACCCCAGUGAUGUUUAACAAAAAUGGGGAUGCUCCUGGGCGGUAUGAUAUCUUCCAAUACCAGACAACAAACACCACCAACCCUGGUUAUCGUCUCAUUGGACAGUGGACAGAUGAACUUCAACUCAAUAUAGAGGACAUGCAAUGGGGCAAAGGAGUCCGGGAGAUACCAUCCUCUGUAUGCACAUUGCCCUGCAAACCUGGGCAGAGGAAGAAGACACAGAAGGGGACCCCUUGCUGCUGGACCUGUGAGCCCUGUGAUGGAUACCAAUAUCAGUUUGACGAGAUGACAUGUCAGCACUGUCCCUAUGACCAGAGGCCCAAUGAGAAUCGAACUGGCUGUCAGAACAUCCCCAUCAUCAAACUGGAGUGGCACUCUCCCUGGGCUGUCAUUCCUGUCUUCCUAGCAAUGUUGGGAAUCAUUGCCACCAUCUUUGUCAUGGCCACUUUCAUCCGCUACAAUGACACACCUAUUGUCAGGGCUUCUGGGCGAGAACUCAGCUACGUUUUAUUGACUGGCAUCUUUCUCUGCUACAUCAUAACCUUCUUAAUGAUUGCCAAACCAGAUGUGGCAGUGUGUUCUUUCCGGCGUGUCUUCUUGGGCUUGGGCAUGUGCAUUAGUUAUGCAGCCCUUUUAACAAAAACCAACCGGAUUUAUCGCAUCUUUGAGCAGGGCAAGAAAUCAGUGACAGCUCCCAGACUCAUAAGCCCAACAUCACAACUGGCAAUCACUUCAAGCUUAAUAUCAGUGCAGCUUCUAGGUGUCUUCAUUUGGUUUGGGGUUGACCCGCCCAACAUCAUCAUAGACUAUGAUGAGCAUAAGACAAUGAACCCAGAGCAAGCCAGGGGAGUUCUCAAAUGUGACAUCACAGACCUUCAAAUCAUUUGCUCUUUGGGAUAUAGCAUUCUUCUCAUGGUCACAUGUACUGUGUAUGCCAUCAAGACUCGGGGUGUCCCAGAGAAUUUUAAUGAAGCCAAGCCCAUUGGAUUCACUAUGUACACAACGUGUAUCGUAUGGCUUGCCUUCAUCCCAAUAUUUUUUGGCACUGCACAGUCGGCAGAAAAGGCCCCGCUGCAAAAAAGAAGUAUGUCAGUUAUAAUAACCUGGUUAUCUAACCUGUUCCAUCCCAUGGAACCACGGAGGAGGAAGACCUUCAGUUACUCCGUCACCCAAUCUGGCAUAGGACUCUUUUGGUCCUGCCCGCUUCCUAUCUCUGGAGGAGCUUCCACAGCUGGGAGACCAAUGUCAGAGGAUCCACACAUCCUAAACAGCUGCUUUAUGAGACACCUUUAUUUUAUCUUGGCUUAAGAAGUCAUUGGCAUCAGCACUGCCAUCUCGGCUGCAAUUCUGGACUCCCUAAGCAAAGGGAGAGUUGAGACUCAAGUCCCACCCGGCUCUUCUGGAUGAACCAUUGAGAGCCUCAGGACUGUUUUUGGGGCUGAUUUGUCUUUCUACGUAUGUACUUCCAGGCUGCAAGGUUUUGAAAUUUUCUGUACAGUUUGUGAGGAACUUUGCACUUUGCCACCCAAUGUUGUAUCUCGGCUCACUGUUUGUUUUUGAAUGCCCUGUUUUCUUAGAACCUUAUCCUCUCAGAUGUUGGGAAUCUUUGAGAAAAAUUUAAACAGCUUAAUUUAAAGAAAACAUAUCGUGGCAGAUGUAAGAGAACACAAAUCUGCAUACAUAUCUGUAAAUGACUGUAUGGUUAUGAUUCUAGUACCACAGAAAAUCCUGUUAUUUUUUUUAAAGAUACACACAAAUCGAUAUUUAAAGACCAAAAACUGUGCUGAGAAGAUAUGCCCCACCUAUCUUUGGUACACAGUAGGUGAUGUGAUGUCAAGGAAAAGCAUUGGCUAAAUGGAAUACAGGUCUUGAUCUUUGGAAUGCAUGCCAGUGACGUAUUUUAGAGUACACGUUUAUAAUUUGUGUUCAAUAUUUGUAUUUGUGUUCUCUUUUGUUAUUUUACUUAGGGUAUAUGGAUAUUUUUGCAAUAAUUUUAAUGAUUAUUAAGCUAUUUGAAGGAAACAAUAUGGAUUUUUCAUGUCUUGAGGUUUUGUUCAUGCCCCCAUGACUGACCAGCGUGAUAAGGACUUUAAAAAAGAAGCAUGUACGUUUUUUACUGUUUGUAAUAAGUACUUUCGUUAAUCUUGCUGCUUAUGUGUCAAUUUAGUGGACAAAAAAAUUCCUUGCUGAAAGAAUUCCCUUUCCAUUCUCUUCCAGUUCUGUGGUAUUGUCUAAGAAUGUAUCAAUAAAAUACUUUGGUUAACUUUUC